AUGAAUCACGAUUACCCUGACACAUCAAAUUUGAGACAUGUACAACAACAAAAUCGUGAACGACGUCGUUUAUACCUACAACAGAGGAGGCAACGCUCAGCUUCGAAACCAAAUUCUCAAACUGAACAACCACAAAGAGAAUUCGAACAGUUACGCCUUCAAAACUUAAGCACUGAACAACGCUCAGCAAGAUUGGAGCAAUGUCGUCUUGCUCAGCGCAGGCGAAGAUUGUUUAUUUGCGAAGAAAGAUGCAUGUUAAACUUUUUCGAUGCAAUCCCAAGAAGAAAUAGAACAGGAUGGCGUAGGCUGCGAGCAAUAGUUUUGCCAACCAUUCACGAAGAAGGCAAUUUGGUUGCGACUAAUGUUUUUAGACGAGAAAGUAGAAUGAUUGCACUCGCACGUAUCGACUUACCCCGAUAUGCACCUACUCAUUCAACGUAUGAGCAUGGAAGCACAAGUGGCAACAGACAAGAUCUUCGUGAAGUUCAGAUGGAAGGAAAUAUCCCUCAUGUCGACGACAAUCAGGAUGCUUUGAGUGAUGAAGAUAUUCCAGAUAAUCGAUCAUUUAUCCAUAGGAGAUAUCAUAAUUGUGCAAGAAAUUUUCAUGAAAGUGAAAGGUUUCAAAGAAUGCAGUUCCCUGCUCCAACUACAUGUAGACAUUGCAACACAAGAUUGUUCCACCGUGAAACAUCUACCAUGUGUUGUAAUAAUGGAACAAUUAUUUUGCCACCAGUAACAGCUCCAAAUGACAUGAUUGAUAUUUUCUCUGACCAAAUAGUGGAAGGUCGUCAUUUCAGACAAAAUAUUCGAGCCUACAAUCAUGUUUUCUCAUUCACUUCAAUGGGUGUUCAUGUUGAUGAAAACUUAGCAACAAGAACUCGAGGUGUGUACACGUUUCGUGCACAAGGAGCCAUAUAUCAUAAGAUUGGGAGUCUCUUACCAAAUUCUAGCAACAGACCGAGAUAUUUGCAACUGUAUGUUUAUGACACUAACUACAAGAAUGAGAAUCGAAUGUCUGAAAAUGAAGAAUUGCACUUGGAUUUGCUUGACAAGAUAAAGAAUAUUUUAAAUACUCAUAAUCCAUUUGUACACACGUUUCGCCAAUUGGCUCAGCAUCCAGACAUACAUGAAUGCAGACUUCAAAUCAAAAAGCAACCACGUAAUAGGCCCCAAUACAACCUUCCUACUGCUCCUGAAGUUGCUGCAGGUUUAGUAGGUGGCGAAAAAGUUGGAAAUUUAAAAACAAGAGAUAUCAUUGUCCAAUCAACCAGUGGUCACCUUCUAAAUAUUUCUGAUAUUGUCGGAUACUAUGAUCCAUUACAGUAUCCUCUGUUGUUACCCUACAGUUCAUAUGGAUGGGAUGUAAAUACCAGAAGUAAUGAUGGCAGAAAAAUUCGCCCUGGUGAUCAAUCUCUUUUUCUUCGAGGAGGUCGUCUCUUACAGCAGUAUAUUGUAGAUAAUUACAUGAAGAUUGAGUCCAACCAAUUAAGAUGGAUACGUACUCAUCAGAAUCACAUUCGAGCAGAGUUUUAUCAAGGUCUUCUAGAUGCAAUACAUGCUGGUGAAAAUUAUGGAGGUAAUGUUGGUCGUAGAACAAUAUUGCCAUCGUCAUUUGUUGGUAGCCCACGAGACAUGUAUCAGCGAUAUCAAGAUGCAAUGGCUCUGGUCCAAAAGUAUGGAAAACCUGAUCUUUUCCUUACGAUGACCUGCAAUCCAAAUUGGCCUGAAAUUAAAGCUGAGUUUCUACCUGGACAGUCACCACAUGAUCGUCCUAAUUUGCUAGCAAGAAUAUUUCAUUCAAAAUUUGAUGAGAUGAAGACCGACAUUCUUACAAAACAUGUACUUGGGAAGGUUCUGGCAUAUGCAUAUGUUAUUGAGUACCAGAAAAGAGGCUUACCACAUGCCCACAUGGUCAUUAUUUUGGAUGAAAAUGAUAAGUUACGCACUCCUAAUGAUUAUGAUAACAUUGUCAGAGCUGAAAUUCCAGAUAAGAGAUUAGAGCCUACAUUAUACAGUGCAGUUUUGAAACACAUGAUACAUGGCCCAUGUGGAAUGUACAAUGAACGGUCCCCGUGUAUGACAAAUGGUCGGUGCAAAAGACGUUUCCCAAAGCCAUUUUCUUCAAUUACUACACUUGGAAACAAUUCAUAUCCUAUUUAUCGAAGAAGAGAAGGGGAGUCAGUUCUUGUAGAGAGUAAUCCAAGCAUCUUGGUGGAUAAUAGUUGGGUCAUUCCAUACAACCCAUGGUUGCUCUUGAAAUAUGAUUGUCAUAUCAAUCUUGAAAUUUGCAGUAGUGUUACAAGUGUGAAGUAUUUAUACAAAUAUGUUUAUAAAGGGCCUGACCGUGUUGCAUUAGAAGUUUGUCAAGGUCCUAAUUAUGACGAAGUACAACAGUUCAUAGAUGGAAAAUGGGUUUGUGCUCCAGAAGCAUUGUGGAAAAUAUUCAAAUUCUCAAUGACCAAAAUGACUCCUAGCGUAGAACACCUCCAAAUACACUUACCAAAUAAGCAGCAAGUAAGGUUUUAUACGUUCCAAGACAUCACAAAUGUUUUAGGCGAUGAGUAUUAUUCCAGAACAAUGCUUACCCAAUUCUUUCAAUUAAAUGUUGAUGAUGAAACUGCAAAUCGAUACUUAUAUCGAGAGAUACCGCAACACUAUAGAUGGUGCAAUAGCGCAAAGAUUUGGCAGUUGAGAUUGAACCAUCAAAGAGUAAUUGGGAGAAUUUAUACAGUUUCGCCAUCAGAAGGGGAGAGAUUUUACUUGAGAAUUUUACUCAAUCAUAUCCGAGGACCAAAAUCAUUCGAUCAUUUGUUAAUGGUUAAUGGAAUUGCGUACCCAACUUUUAAACAAGCAGUUGAACAUCAUGCUUUGUUAGAGCAUGAUGAUAGCAUACGACAAUGUUUGUUAGAAGCUGCAACCAUGCACAUGCCAUCAACUUUAAGGAGAUUGUUCGUUACAAUUUUGGUUUAUUGUGUGCCAACAGGGGUGUGA